UCCAGGUUCUGAGUCGCAAUGACUCACCCAGCUGCGGUACCGCAGCUGGUCGCAAGGGAGGGACCAGGGACACCGUAGCGGAGCGCAGCACAGCCUCCGCAGCCACCGCUUGGCGACAGCGUCAAACUGUGGGUCCUGCAAUUUCCCCGGAUCCGCGAUGACUCUGUCAACCCUACUUCGGUGCCUGCCGAUUACGAAAGCGUCAUCGCAGCACAGAGACGCUCUCCGCUUUGUCUCUUGGAUCUACAUAUAAAGAGGGACUGUCUACAGCAUGUUCCAACACCAACACAAGCCCAACUACACUUCUAGCAGCCUCUUUAUCACCCUUCGUCGCUCGCCAUACCAACCACCGCUUCCCAAACCAAUACUACCAGUACUCCGCUAGCCAUGCCUUACGCUCCAUCCUUUGCGUCUUCCACCCCUACACUCGUCGGUGCAUCCCAGCCCAAAUCCAAAGGCACCCCCGAGCGCGACUACGAGGCCGCCCUUGGUCAGCUCUCUGCGUCUUACGGCUACGGCUGCCAUUUUCCUGCUCCCCAGCAAAGCACCACGACCGCAUCAUCGUCGUCAUCGUCGUCUUCCUUCUGGAAAUUCUGGAAGAAGUCCACGUCAUCCUCCAAGCCAACCAAGUCAACCACCCCCACCUCCGUUGAGAAACGCACACACUACCCCCAGCCCCAGUACAAAGACUGCUCGGCCGCACUCGGCGACUUGAUGAGCACGUACGGCGCUCCCGGAGGCUCUGCAGGUCCUGUGUCAAAGCACCCCAAGUAAUCUCAUAUAUCGGUUUUGAUAAACCCAUCAGUCCCGUACCCGGUACACCACCUCUGCCGCCCUCACUUUGAUCUUCAAGGUCAGUAGCUGCGCAGCCUCUGAUUAGGCCGCUUCCCCUCGUCCUCCCGUGCAAGAACGACGUCGACCAUGGUGGAGCUAAAGGAAACACAUUCGCCGGCGGGUACCUGCGCAACAGAGUCGCAGGGCUUGCCGGCACCGCAGAGAUGGGAGGAAGGGCUUGGAUGUGCUGUUCUCGCAAAGACUCCUCCGUUUCUUCUACCUAUACUCAAACACUGAAUUCAU